GCUCGCGUGUGAUGUGUUUGUGUAUCCUCAGUGUUUUUCUCUCUUGAGUGUUUUAUUGAGUGUUAACAGAGUCUUGUCUCUGUGUAUUUUAGUGUUGAUGAUGAGAUGGAUGUGAUGUGCUGUAAAUCAGGAACUGAUCAGGGCUUACAGGAUGAGGAAUCUACUGAUCAAACCUCCACAGAGUCUCUGGAUUCUGUCUGUAACGCUGGAGAACAACAGCAGAUCCUGCAGACCAAACUCAAGAUGUGUUCAGUCAAACUCAUCGACUUCAGGAACCUCAUGAUGAAGAUCAAAACUGAACCUACAGAAAUAAAAACUGAACCUACAGAAGAGGAAGAACACACUGGUGAUGAAGAUGAGAGUUGUGGUGAUGAUUUUAUUCCUUCAGAUGAGAAGAGCCAUUCAUGGUCUGAGGGAGAAAUAAAAUCGUCAACAUCAAAAGAAAGACAUUUAGAGAGACAUGAGAGAAAACACACAGAAGAGAAAAUCUUCACCUGCAGGAGAUCUGAGAUCAUCUUUACUACCUUACAAGAGAAGAAACUUCAUUCACAAGAGCACAGAGAGAAGAAGAAGAGGCAGUUUCACUGUGAGCAGUGUGGGAAGGGUUUUGUCGUCUUAUCUCAGCUGAAAGUUCACAUGAGGACACACAGUGGUGAAAAGCCUUUCUACUGCAAUGAAUGUGGCAAAUACUACACCACCAAACAAAUUCUUGGUGUUCAUCAGAGAAUUCACACAGGAGAAAAACCCUAUCAAUGUUCACACUGUGAUAAACGUUUCUGUAAGAAAUCUCAGCUGAUAAGCCAUGAGAGAAUUCACAUUGAAGAGAAACCUUAUCACUGCUCUUACUGUGGAAAAGGAUUUUCUGAUUCAUCUCAAUUAAAAAUUCAUCUGAGAAUUCACACUGGAGAGAACCCUUACCAAUGCUCUCAUUGUGAGAAGAUGUUUACUAAGUCAAGUAACUUAAAAGCCCAUGAGAGAGUUCACACUGGAGAGAAACCUUACCACUGUGAUGUUUGUGGGAAGAGUUUUAAUCAAAAUAGCAGUUUAGUGUCACACCAGAGAACUCAUACACGUGAAAAACCUUACAAAUGCUCUCAGUGUGAGAAGUCGUUUAAUCAUUUAGGUUCCUUAAAAACCCACGAGAGAGUUCAUACUGGAGAAAAACCUUACGUCUGCUCUCACUGUGGAAAGAGAUUCACUGAUCCAUCUCAUGUUAGAGUCCAUCUGAGAGUUCACACUGGAGAGAAACCUUAUCACUGUAAUGUCUGUGGGAAGAGUUUUAAUCAAAGUAGCAGUUUAGUGAAACACCAGAGAACUCAUACGGGUGAAAAACCUCAUCAGUGCAGUGUUUGUGGGAAGAGUUUCAGUCAACAUGAACAUUUAGUGAAUCACCAGAGAACUCAUACAGGUGAAAAACCUUACAAAUGCUCUCAAUGUGCGAAGACGUUUGCUCAGUCAGCUCAAUUAAAAGUCCAUCAGAGAGAUCACACUGGAGAGAAACCUUACCACUGUGAUGUUUGUGGGAAAGGUUUUAAUCAAAGUGGCAGUUUAGUGACGCACCACAGAACUCAUACAGGUGAAAAACCUUACAAAUGCUCUCAGUGUGAGGCGACGUUUGCUCACUCAAGUACCUUAAAAACCCAUGAGAGACUUCAUACUGGAGAGAAACCUUACAAAUGCUCUCAGUGUGGGAAGACGUGUACUCAAGCAGGGCAAUUAAAAGUCCAUCAGAGAGUUCACACUAGAGAAAAACUUUAACACUGCUUGAUCUGUGGAGAGAGAUUCGCUUUAUUAGGAAGUUACAUACUGAAAAGUGGUGUUAGACCAACACCAAAUGGCUGAAUCCAGAGGGAACUAUAUAAAAAAAAAAACAUUUAAUUCUGGUGAAAAUCAACCUCUAAAAUAUUUCUUAAGAGUUCACAUCUACCUCCAAGACAACCACCCCAUUAUGUGGGUAGAAGAGCACCUCACCAAGAUUACUUAUAUCUGUUCUCCUUCUUCACCCCAUCAUCAUCCUCUCAGCUUAAAGCAUCUGACCUGUAAACCGCUGACCAUGAACUAUGUAUGAAAUGUUACAUUCAAGACAUUCAAGAGUCAUGUUUGAUAUCAUUUGAAAUGUCUCAGUGUGAUUGGUAUAACAACUCCCAUAACAACAGAAUUCAACGUAUCUCUUUAUUUCACUUGGGAAUUCUGCAGCCAGAUGAACCCACACUAUUACUAUAUAUCAUCCUUUUGCCAGGUUUGCAGUGUUUUUAUAUGAUUACAACUGUUUAUUGAUUUAUGUUUUAAAUUUCAAUUGGAUCUGAAUUGGCUUUUGAAUUAUGAUGAUCUUACCUGGCUAAUAAAUUGUUAUUUUGGAUUUAUUCUGCAAUACUCUGAAUUAUUGACCAAAAGUAAAUUUGAUGUAUCAUUUUUUUCCGCAAAUCUGCAAUCAGAAUAAAG